AUGAGUGUACCCAAUAUUUCAGUGUUAAUUUCCGGUUCCGGUUCCAAUUUACAAGCACUUAUUGACGCGGAAGCUUCAGGUGUACUUAAAGGUCACAUUACCCAAGUCAUCUCGUCACUGGCAGAUGCUUAUGGACUUACCAGAGCAUCAAAGGCUCUGAUUGCUACUAAAGUACAUGCUCUUAAACCUUAUUACAAAGGCACUACCAAAGAUGAUAAAGAGGAAAGAUCUCUAAGAAGAGAAAAGUUUAACAGUGAUUUGGCCAAUUUAUUAAUAUAUGGUUCAGUUUCUGGUGAACUUGUUGAAGGUUAUGAAGCUCCCGAACUUGUUGUAUGUGCUGGUUGGAUGCUUAUUCUUUCACCCUCCAUUCUCAAUGCUUUGAAAGACGCCGGAAUCAUCAUUAUUAAUCUUCAUCCUGCACUUCCUGGUGCAUUUGAAGGUACUCAUGCUAUUGAUAGAGCAUGGCAAGCAGGUCAAGAUGGUAAAAUAAAGACUGGUGGUGUCAUGAUUCAUUAUGUCAUUGCCGAAGUUGAUCAAGGUGAACCUUUGGUGGUUAAAGAAAUUGAAUUACUUAAGGAAGAUACCUUGGAGCAAUAUGAAGAUAAAGUACAUAAGGUGGAGCAUAUUGCAAUUGUUGAAGGAAGCAACAUUGUAUUAAGAAACUUGGCUAAAGAUAACAGGAAGGAUACCACUGACCAAAUUACGGAAAAGUUGAACAAUGUCAAACUUGAAACUAAGGUUUAA